UUGACAGUUCGGCAUGCCAUUGACACUUUUGACAGCUUAAAACUGCUGAACUUUCUUUUUUAAUAUCCGGUUAACGCAAUUGUUGAUCCAACCAUAUAAAAAUGGCUCCCAGAAAGGCUAAAGCUCAAAAGGAAGAAGUCCAAGUGUCGUUGGGCCCACAAGUUCGUGAUGGUGAAUACGUUUUUGGCGUCGCUCACAUUUAUGCCAGUUUCAACGACACCUUCGUCCAUGUAACCGAUUUGUCGGGGCGUGAAACCAUUGCUCGCGUCACUGGUGGUAUGAAAGUAAAGGCCGAUCGUGAUGAAGCUUCACCCUACGCUGCUAUGUUGGCUGCUCAAGAUGUCGCUGAAAAGUGCAAGACUCUGGGCAUCACUGCACUACACAUUAAAUUGCGUGCCACUGGUGGUAAUAAGACCAAAACUCCCGGACCAGGUGCUCAAUCUGCGUUGCGUGCUUUGGCUCGUUCUUCAAUGAAAAUUGGUCGCAUUGAGGAUGUGACACCAAUCCCAUCAGAUUCUACACGUAGGAAGGGUGGUCGUCGUGGUCGCCGUUUGUAAGCUUUAUCAAAGAUGCACUAUUAUUUUUGUGUGUAUUUUUAUGGUUCAUACGCGUAUCAUGCGUAGAGUAUAAAAAUUAAAAUCAGAAAAAAUACAGAUUUUUUAAUAUAAGUGGUGAAAAUUUAAA